AUUAUUUUUAAUAAACUCAAAGAUUAAUUUAAUUAAUACUUUUAAUAAUACAAAGAUAAGAAGGUUUAUAAAAUAAUAUCCAACAUAAUAUUGUUUCUAACCGAAGGAUUUCUAAAUUCUAUCUUCUUUUCAAAUCAAACAACAAAUACUUUUUGGAUUUUAGAUUCAAAUCCCUGAAAACCCUUAAAUAAUAAAUAGCGAUUAACCAAGAUUUAAACCUAACACUGAUCUUAUAAAACUAACUCGUUGAAAUAAUUUGCAUUUCUGAAUCGUGAUCUUAUCACAUCCAUUAAGUGCGGAAACCUAGGUUGCGUGCGUCAAUACCCAUACCCACUACCGCUUUCUUUAUGUUUGAGCAUUUUCUACUUUUGAUCCUCAACCAACUCCAGUUUUCUUGAUUCGGGGGCCAAAUUCCUCCGGCGAUUAGAUUUGUGGCUUGAUGGGGCGCCACGAAGACGAAAGAUUGCUCUUAGAAGGCAGACUUGUAGAGAAUGAUGACAGCUUAUACACUGGAGAUGGUUCAGUUGAUGUAAAAGGAAGGCCUGUUUUAAAAAGCAAUACAGGCAAUUGGAGAGCAUGCCCUUUUAUUCUUGGCAAUGAGUGUUGUGAGAGGCUUGCAUAUUAUGGAAUAUCUACAAAUCUUGUGAGCUACCUCACUAAAAAGCUGCAUGAAGGAAAUGCUGAAGCUGCUAGAAAUGUUACCACGUGGCAAGGCACAUGCUAUCUUACUCCCCUCAUUGGUGCUGUGUUGGCGGAUGCUUAUUGGGGGAGAUAUUGGACUAUUGCUGUCUUUUCAACUAUUUACUUCAUUGGAAUGUGCACAUUAACACUAUCCGCAUCAAUCCCAUCUUUAAAGCCCAUUGAAUGCGUAGGCCCCACAUGUCCUCCUGCCACACCAAGUCAAUACCUAUUUUUCUUCUCGGGACUUUACCUAAUUGCCCUUGGGACUGGAGGGAUCAAACCCUGUGUCUCAUCAUUUGGAGCAGACCAAUUUGAUGACACGGAUCCCAAAGAAAGGGGUUUGGGAUUCCGGCUUUGUUCAUGGGUGUUGCUAUUGAAAUGGAGCUUGCCCGUUCCCAUUGAUAGCUCGCUUUUGUAUGAAACUCCCGAUAAAGUGUCCGCGAUUAAAGGGAGUAGGAAAAUUGGUCAUACCGAUGAAUUGAAGUUCCUCGAUAAAGCCGCAAUUCUCACACCACACGAAACCACAACCGGAAACUACUCAAACCCAUGGAGACUAUGCACCGUAACACAAGUCGAAGAACUCAAAAUCCUAAUCCGAAUGUUUCCAAUUUGGGCAACCGGAAUCGUCUUCUCAGCCGUAUACGCCCAAAUGUCAACAAUGUUCGUCGAACAAGGCAUGAUGAUGGACACCAAAGUCUUCUCCUUCACAAUCCCCGCAGCUUCUCUCUCCACUUUCGAUGUCAUAAGCGUCAUCUUCUGGGUGCCCGUCUAUGACCGCAUCCUCGUGCCCGCUGCCCGAAAAAUCACCGGGCAGGGCCGCGGCUUCACCGAGCUUCAACGGAUGGGGAUCGGCCUCUUCCUUUCCAUUCUCUGCAUGUCCGCCGCCGCUUUGGUUGAAAUAAAGCGCCUCGAUAUCGCCGCCUCCCUCGGGUUAAUUGACGAAAAUACCCCUGUCCCGAUGAAUAUCCUUUGGCAAAUCCCGCAGUAUUUCCUCCUAGGGGCGGCGGAGGUUUUCACGUUUAUUGGGCAGCUUGAGUUUUUCUAUGAUCAGUCGCCGGAUGCGAUGAGGAGUUUGUGUAGCGCGCUUUCUUUGUUGACCACUUCGUUGGGGAAUUAUUUGAGUUCGUUUAUUUUGACCGUGGUCACGGUGUUGACUACGCGAAACGGGCGGGCGGGUUGGAUACCGGAUAACUUGAAUGAAGGGCAUUUGGAUCGGUUUUUUUGGCUUUUGGCGGGGCUUAGUUUUUUCAAUAUGGUGGUUUAUAUCUUUUGUGCCAAGAUGUAUAAGUCGAAGAAAGCGGCUUCUUAGGUUUGGUUUAGGUGCUUUUAUACAAAAAACAUUUUCGUUUUCAUUUUGUAUAAAACAAUGAUAUGUUUCUGGUACUUUUUACAUCCAAGUUGAAUUUUAUCAAAACCAAAGUUGUUAGAAACAGUGUAUUCGCAAAUCAAGGUAUUUCACAACAUCUUUUGAUCAUAAUCGUACAUUACCUUGAG